CAUCAAUUGACUUAUAAAAAUCACUUCCAAAAAUAUAUUCGGAUUUAGAAAAAAAAUUAUGCAAAAACUCUUUUGUGUAGUUAUUUUGUUGCUAUAUCUGCCAGCGAUUUGGGCCAACUUGGAAGACGAUAUCCUGGCAGCACACAAUGACCUCCGAGUGCUGCAUAAAGUGGCGCCUUUAAGGUUGAAUUCACAGAUGAGCAAAGAAGCAGCCGCACAUGCCAAGAUUCUUGCGGAAAAGGAAGAUCUCAUACACUCCGAUAGUACAGCCUAUGGCGAAAAUCUCUGCUAUACUACAUUUCCACCAACCACAUGUGUAAAGAGCUGGUACGAUGAGAUAAACAAAUUCGAUUUUGCGAAGCCAGAGCUUUCGAAAUCAACCACACACUUUACGCAAAUCAUUUGGAAAACAACCACAGACUUGGGCGUUGGUUCGGCUAAAUCCGCCGAUGGCAUGGAUUAUGUAGUUGUCAGGUAUAAGCCGCCGGGCAAUAUUGAUGGUCAACUGCAGGAAAAUGUGGUGCCACGAUUUCUAAAGAGGGGCGGCAAUAGACGAACAAAGAGUGAAAACGUUUGGAUACUUAUUAUACCUUUGCUCCUGGUUGUACUUUCGAAGUUGCUUUAGAGAAAUCGCCAAAAUUGAGUGUAAAUGCAAAAUAUCUUGUUUAAAAUUGAAUCGUGUUCAUACAAUAUAUGGAAAUAAAUUAAAUGUUUCGCAAAGCAA